CACUCACACUGCAUCAUCAUUAUGGUCUGGAAGACACAGCGGUGUGAGAUGCUUUACGUGCUGCACUCGAUGCCACUUGCGCAUGCACGUCCUGACGCGCGAAUUCGUUGAUUGGCUCCGUAGCAGCAGUCGUAGCUGCAAUCCGGGAAGAACAUCGGGAACCGGAAGACGGGAGGGUUUGCGCAGGAGGCGGCGCGUAUCUUGGACGCGCACAUGGCGGCGAAGCUGCGGUGUGUAUGGGCGGGCACACGUAUCGACGAGUAUAAAGGCCCGAUGCAGCUUCCUCGCCCUACCCCACGUAUCUUCUCCCCCCUCCAGGACUCCUCUUCAGCACCUUUGAGCUGCUUUCCUGCUUCUUUCUGAGUUUGGAGGUUCCACGACAGGACCCUGCCCCGCUUUUGUUAAGCUUUCUAUAGCAAAGCUUGUUUCCCAGCAUCGCAGAUCAUCAACGCAGCAGAAAUGUCGUUCUCCGCAGACAAGGUGCCUAUCCUUAAGGUGGGCUCUGGACAUGGCCAGCGCAGGUUCUCGAGCACCAAGGAGCCGAGUGGCAGUGAGCUGGGCUCCAGCAUCCACCGCAACUUUCGCGAAGCGCACGAAGGCCACAAGCCUCACGCCGGUCUCGACCCCUCUCGUUCUACAACCGGUGUUGUCUGGACGUCCGAACAAGCAUACAAGCACGGCUUCGCUGACAAACCCGAGGAGUGGGCAAACCUUGGUCAGGGAGCGCCGGAGGUUGACGAUAGCAUCCAGGGCUGCUUCGAAAGACCCAAGGAAGUAGACAUCAGUGCACAUGGCCGCGAAUACGGCCCUACAGCCGGUAUCAAGCCUCUCCGUGAGGCCGUUGCGACACUCUACAACGAGCACCACCGCAAGUGGAGGAAGAGCCAGUACACAUACGAGAACGUGUGUAUUGUGCCCGGUGGCCGCGCAGGUCUCAUCCGUAUCGCCGCUGUCUUGGGCAACUGCUACCUGGGUUUCUUCAUCCCCGACUACACAGCGUACAACGAGAUGUUGUCUCUCUUCAAGAACAUCGCAGCCAUUCCCAUUCCUCUCGGCGAGCAGGAUCAGUACCAUAUGUCACCCGACAAGGUCGCCGAGGAGAUUGCCCGUGGCACAUCAGUGCUCCUGACGUCCAACCCCAGGAACCCCACUGGACAGAUGGUCACGAACCCCGAGCUUGCGCAGAUCCAGAACAUCUGCCGUGACCGUGCAACGCUCAUCAUGGACGAGUUCUACUGCGGCUACAACUACACGACCAACUGCGACGGCACCGUCAUCUCAGCCGCCGACAAUGUCGAGGAUGUUGACGAGGACGACGUCUUGAUCAUCGACGGUCUGACCAAGCGCUUCCGUCUCCCCGGCUGGCGAGUCGCGUGGGUCAUUGGCCCCAAGGAGUUCAUCAGCGCCAUUGGGUCGUGCGGAUCCUACCUCGACGGCGGAUGCAACGUGCCGUUUCAGGAAGCGGCGGUGGAGAUGCUGAGCCCGCCACGGGUGCGCAACGAGAUGCGGGCGCUGCAGAUGCACUUCCGCACGAAGCGCGACUACGUCAUCGGCAGACUGCAGGACAUUGGCUUCAAGUUCCCGUACAUGCCCAACUCGACCUUCUACCUGUGGCUGGAUCUGAGCGGGCUGCCCGAGGGCAUCAACGACGGGCUGAACUUCUUCCACGCGUGUUUGCAGGAGAAGGUCAUUGUCGUGCCGGGUAUCUUCUUCGACUUGAACCCCAGCAAGCGCCGUGAUUUGUUCGACAGCCCGUGUCACCACUUUGUCCGUCUGAGCUACGGACCGAGGAUGGAUGUGCUGGAGAAGGGGCUGGACUCGAUUGAGAGGAUCGUGACCAAGUACCGCGAGAAUCCCGGCCACAAGCUGCCAGCAAGGCCGCGUGGCGGAGGUACCGGGCUAUAGGCGGUGGUAAGCGUAGAACGAGUUCUGUCGCGACGGUAGGAGUGGCAAUACAUACACGUCUCUGUUGGCACUGUCAGCCCCUCUCACUGGAAAUCAAUUGCAGUCACCCACCUACUCGUAGACACGACUCUUGCCUGUGAAGCAUCUUAACAUUUGCCAUACACAAUAUACACAGCACGUGC